UAAGCAGUUUGUCGAACUAGGAUUAUCGUCCUUGGCAGCGAUUCACUUGUUUACGAAAUCGGAAUUCUAAACACAAAAUAUGUCUUUGGUAGGUUAUGGUUCCAGUGAUAGUAGCGGCAGCAGUGAUGAAGAAGAUAACCAUCUACCCCCAUCAGGUGAACAAAAGAGAACCAAUGCUGCCAGUGGUGUGUCUAAAAUUGAAUCUAAACCUCAGAAUGGUAUGGAAGAACAGCAAAAGGCAAUAAUUAACGGCACCAAAUCGGACAAUGUUUCUGUUGAUGACGAAGAGGAAGACGGCCUACGUGGAAAUAAUUUGUUUAAAGUUCUACCAAAGCCGCAGCAGAAACAAACAACGAAUGAUGAAAUAUCUGAAGGAGAUCUGGAAGAUAUUGUCAAACCAAAAUCUUCGCAGAUAACAAGUUUACCAAAACCUUUACCAUUGCUAAAAGGUUCUCAUGUGAAAAUCACUAUUCCGGCAUUGGAUUCAGAUUCAGAUGAGGAAGAAGUGGUUACAAAGAAAAAAAUGAAGUUCUCGGGCAAAUGCCGUUUGUUGGAUAUCCUUCCUCCCCCGAAACACAUUUCUGUGAAACAAAGCAACCGGACAUUUAUACCCUACACCCUAAACAAAAGACCCGAAGCAGCAGAAAGUGCAACAAAGAAACCCCCGUCGAGUUCCGUAUCGAAGAAGCCAGCAGUUAAGAAAAGUAUCCUUGGUGUAACUGGUUAUAACAGCGAUGAUGAUGAUGACGAUGAUGACAGCAAUGUCAACAGUUCAAAUUUUUUCUCUCUGGACUCAAAACCCCAAAUACCCCGACAGACAGGCGGAUCAUUCACCCAACCCUCAGCCACCAUUUCUUCUACCAUCACUUCUACUUUCCAUUCCCUUUCUUCCAUUCCUUCAGUUCCUUGGCAACAAACUACAGUCUCUCCACAUGUGCCAUCUGCCACUGAUGUCAUGGAAAAGAACUACGCAGAAUAUUACGUGCAGCCUGAAGAAUUAGUACAACCAGACCAGGACCGUUUAGCAACUCCUGAUGAUGAUCCUGAGCUUGCCGGUCCAUCUAUGAACAUUGACACACUUCUUCAGGAUGAACAGUUCCAACGCUUACAGGGCAAGAAUCAACGAGGCAAGGAACAAAUUCAACUAAUGAAUGUCAAUGCUGAUGACUUCAUUGACAAAUCACUACUUACAAAGACAAUCACUCAGGAAAUGCCAAGACAUUCUUACAAGAAAGAUAAGGAUGCCCCUAGCAAGAAAUCUCGAAACAAACAUCAAAUCACAUACCUUGCCUAUCAGGCAAAAGAACGUGAACUCGAGUUGAAAAACCAGUGGUCUCAAAACAAAAUGACCAAACGACAGACGCAGGCAAAAUAUGGCUUUUAAGGAGUUGACUAAAGAAUCAUAGCUGAUGAAAUUACGAAUAUUCAUUAAAUAAGAAAUGAACAAUUUACAUGAUUAACAUGUGAUGCUGUGGAUUAACAUGACUGACAUGUAGAUUAAUAUGUAAAGCUACAUGAUUUAUAUUAUAGACUUGUUGAGUAACAUGGAGAAUUGUGAGUGUGCUUAGCCCUUUUGAUAUCAAACUGCCAAUGAUCAUCUCUAGUUCUAUGUGACUUCCUGUUGUAAACUUUUUGUUACUAUUUUUCUGCUGAAAUCGACUGCUUUUGUUUCAAUUAAUUUUUUAAAAUAAUGGAGAAUUUAUUAAAACACCUCUGUCAUUUUUAAGCUGGGGUUUGGAACAUGAAUUAACAUGAAAUUUUGAUGGAAGUUUUUAAAUUACAUCACUUUAAAACAGGGAAUUUGUAUAAUAGAACUAAUGCUGGUCUCAGAUGGGUUUGAUAUCGGAAUGAUUAAAAUACUCUUGAUUAAAAAUUUCCACUGAAAUUUCAUCUUAAUUUAUGUUCCAAACAUCAUUUUAAUAAUGACAAAGUAAUUUUACUAACUUCUUCAUUAUUUUCAAAAAAAAGAGUAAUUGAAGCAAUGGCAAUGUAUUUCAGUAGAAAUGUGGUGACAAAAGAGUUAAUGCCUUUCAUAUCAAUCUGACUGAAAACACCCCUGCUUGUAUGAUACAAACUUCUUGUUUUACAGUGGUCUAAAACUUUCCAUCAAAAUUCCAUAUUUAUCUUAUAUGCCAAACACCAUCUUAAUAAUGAUAAAAUUAUUUUACAAAGUGGAGGCGCAAUGGCCCAGUGGUUAGGGCAGUGGACUCGUGGUCAUAGGAUUGCGGUUUCGAUUCCCAGACCGGGCGUUGUGAGUGUUUAUUGAGUGAAAACACCUAAAAGCUCCAUGAGGCUCCGGCAGGGGAUGGUGGCAAACCCUGCUGUACUCUUUCUCUCACUCUUACUUCCUGUUUCUGUUGUGCCUGUAAUUCAAAGGGUCAGCCUUGUCACACUGUGUCACGCUGAAUAUCCCCGAGAACUACGUUAAGGGUACACGUGUCUGUGGAAUGCUCAGCCACUUGCACGUUAAUUUCACGAGCAGGCUGUUCUGUUGAUCGGAUCAACUGGAACCCUCGACGUCGUAAGCGACGGAGUGCCAACAACAACAUUUUACAAAAUUCUGCAUUAUUUCCAAAAUUAAUUAGAAUAAAAGGCAGUGUAUUUUAGCUGAAAUAUGGUAGGAAAAGGUUUAAGAAACAGGUAACGUGGAUAUUCAACAAGAGAAGUUGUUUGACUCUUUUACUUGCAUUCAACAUAUUGGCAUAUGUUGGAUAUUGGAAUAUUCAUGGUUGAUGUGUUCACUAGUGGAGGCUUGACUAUUUACUACCAGUAUUACAGUGUUCACUAAUGGGUAUUGUAAAUGUUCAUUAAAUGUUCAUCUGUCCUCAUAUUUCAAUAAACAUCUAGCAGAUGAACUGUAAAUAUUUAACAACAGACUGCUGUAAAACCUCCUUAUUGGACCUGUGAACGUUGAUAUUGGUAUUGUGAAAGUUUCUUAGAAGAAGCAUUAUGGAUGAAGUAUCAAUACAUCUGCAUGUGUACAUGUAUCAGAAUUGGACAUGAAAAAAAGAAGAAAAAGAAAGGGAUUCAAAAAACAAAAAAAAACAACUGAAACAAAACAUGAAAACAGUUUUGAUAUCAAACAAAAUAUAAACCUCACUUUUCAAAA